GAUUUUUAAAUUUCCCCCGACACUUACAUGUCGCUAGUCCAGCUACUCACUUUACUUUACAUUACUGGCAAACCAAAAUGGAGUAUAGGAGUCAGCAAUUCGGGCGCAUCUCUCCCCCUCCUCUUCGGCGCACAGCACAAUCACCCACAACAACACUAUACGAGUACUGUCCUUUGGCAGGUCAGCAGAUUCGGCUCCUAAAUUUGCUUCCUGGUCCCUUUGGUACAUCUAUCUAUGUUCAGCUUGGAGCUACCAUUCUGGCACAUGAUUCUAUACCGGACUUCGAGGCUUUAUCCUACACAUGGGGCUCUCCAGACCAUCCUGUCAACAUUUUUUUCAGUGUCCCAUCCAGGUCACUGCAGUUCUUGCCUAUUACACGGAACUUAGAAUGUGCCUUGCAGCAUCUUCGGUACAUCGAUAGACCUCGGGUCUUAUGGAUCGAUGCAAUUUGUGUGAACCAACAGGAUAUUCAAGAACGAAGCAAGCAGGUUCCAAGGAUGACCGAUAUCUACAGCCUUACGAAGAAUGUGCUGGUUUGGGUUGGGCCUGAGGCAGACAACAGCACUUUGGCACUCGACGUAUUAAGGGAUUUGAGCACCAAGGUUGAGCCCCUCCCAUACACAAAAGUGGAACUCAUGCCUCUAUGCCAUCUGUUUGGUAGGCCUUGGUUUGAGCGACUUUGGAUACAGCAAGAGAUCAGAUUAGCGCAAAGCGCAGUUCUCCUAUGUGGCUUUCAUAAGCUGUCAUGGCCGGCCUUUAGAAAAGCCGUAGAGACACUAUGGCUCAAAACCGUCGACGAUAAGGAAAUCGGCCUACUCACCUACGGCCCAAUCUUCAAAGAACGCCGGCGGCAUGUUCGUGCCCUUUGCACCGGUGGGUUAUUUCCAUCUUUUGAAGAUCUCUUGACGCAGACCAGGCGAUGCAAAUGCACGGAUCCGCGAGAUCGUAUAUACGCUCUGCUUGGCCUUCUUGAUCAGAAGUACGAUAUCGUCCCCGACUACGAAAAGCCAAUUGCAGAAGUGUAUCAAGACAUGUUUACAUCUUAUAUGAAGAAGCAGCACACGUACGGCAAUCUCAAGCUAUUAGCGUAUUGUGAGAUGCACGAUCCAGCCUCAAACGGCCCAUCAUGGGUGCCAGAUUGGUCACGCGAGAACAAAUGCGAGCCCCUUAUGACUUCUGACGGACUUGGGGCCACUGGUUUCUCGAACUCUGAUGUGAGCGUAAUUGACAACGGCAUCCUGAGAGUCAUGGGGAUUGAGGUGGCCAAAAUCUCCGGGGUCUUUCCCACCCAGCUUUCGGCAGCAUCCACGGUCGACGACUUCGUAAUCGCUCUCAAGGCCAUCCUCCCGCAGCGUAUGACGCUUCUUGAAACUUUCGAGCAACGCCUUGAGAUCUUCUACCGAACAUUGUGCUGCGAUUCAUUUUCUGACAUCCUGGAAGAUCAAGACUCGGCAAUCCUACCGAAUCGGCGAGAGGCCAAACGUGGAUUGCGAGACAUUCUUAGAUCAGAUUGGGGCACCAAGAUAUCACUAUCUAAAGGGACUUUCAAAUACCUGGAUUACGCGCUAGGCUAUUGCAGGUACCGGUCAAUAUUCUCUACCACGGAUGGUGUUAUUGGACUUGGUCCUCCAUUGGCAACUAGCGCAGAUGUGAUAGCGCUGCUCCCUGGCUGUUUCUCACCUAUGGUUUUGCGUCCUUUACAGAUGUGGCAUAGGGGAAACCCAAUUACCCGGUAUCGUGUAGUGGGCGAAUGCUAUCUGCAGAAUCUCAUGGAAGGCAAGGCCGUUCUAGGCGAGUUUCCUCAUGGAUACGAGCAUGUCACGACAUUCGUGGAGGAGGAAAAUAGCUUCUUUGACGCGUACCGUUAUCACCCCUCUGGGAAAAUACAUCUUGAAGACCCAAGGUUUAAAAGGUUUCGAAGUGAGCCUGGGGAGGAUGGUAUACGGAAAGUCUUUGUGAAGGAGGAUUUGGCUAGUGGGGAGAUUGCAAGAAGUAGAGUCGGGAUAAAAAUGAAAGUCUCCGGCCUCGAUAAUGCGGAGGAAGUACUCGUAGUGGGCGUUGACAUUCGGCCAUAUGAAUUAAUUUAAACUAGACGCUCGCUUCAUCAAUACCAAAAGGUCUCGGAAGACCUCACCUCUUGGCAGGGCGCUUUUCAGGCUUUUGACGCGAG